AUGAAACAAGAGAUUCCGCGAAACCCAACUUUUCUUUGUAUAACUCAAUUGGACGCAUCUUGCCCCAAGUCCUCCACUGUAGUGGUUGGCAUAAUUCCCAAUUUUGGAGCAUGUAAUUGGUACAUUUUCGCCAGUUUCGCCAGCAUCGUCAGUGAGUCUUGCCAUUCUCAACUCGUCGAAUCGACAAGUGAAGUUAAUCCACCGAUCAACUUUCUCCCGAACGACUGUUUUAUCACUCUUUCCUUCCAUUUACUCCCUACCCUACUUUCGCAGAAUACUGACGGACAAGGCCCCGAGGACAGCAUCAACCGGAGCGACAGGAAAGUUCGUGUGCGCACUUGUGCCAAAGGACACAAAACCUCGCUACGUCAUUUCAAUUCGCUUCUCUACCACUCCACUCCACCUCACUCCACUCCACUCCACCCUAAACGGCUGUUCACGAGUGAAGUCUACUUUCUUUGUAUGACUUCAACAAACACAUGCAUGUCUACCCGCCACCUGGAGUUAGACUCGCGUCGUUCUAUUCCAGCCUUUUGCCAAAUAGAAUCUCCCCUCUGUGGUGAUUUUGAUUCGUCACUUGCCGGAGUGUUGGCAACCCUCCCCUUUCUCAUUGGUCGGGAGAAGGGUAUCGACAUUGGGUCUCUGCGUCUGCUUCUGAUGGCAUAA